UCGAUCGUCCUUCUCUCCGAUUGGACAACGUCUUUGUACCCGACGUCACCACGUCGUCUGUGCUGGAUUCAAGGGAUUUGGCGGGGCGAGCUGUGUUUCAAAACAAUACGCGUCCUACGUCGACUUAUCUUUAGUUUCAUCGCUAACGCGCAGGACUUGCUGUGGUUCCGGUCCAAGACUACGGUUCCGAGAUGAACGGGGGAUACUUUAAUGGCGACGUGGAUGACAUUAACAAAAAGAUGGAGAGGUGUUUAUCCAUGGAGCCAAAGGACACCAUGGAAGGCUAUAACAGGUACAUUCAACAGGGGAAAGACGUCGCCAGGCAAGGAGACUUGGGCAAGGCUCUGGAGCUCUUCAAAAUGGCCGACAAAAUCCAGCACAGCGAAAAGCUGCAGAAGAGAAUCGAGAAGAUCGAGGAGCUUUUGUCGCAGAGCUCCUCCGAGGACGACGACGCCGACCAGUUCGUGGACGUGAACAACAGCGGCCUGAUGCUCUACAAGGACCUCUACCAGAAGCUGUACAACUACCAGAGGGACGGCGUGGCCUUCUUGUACGGCCUCUACCGAGACGGGAAGAAAGGCGGGAUCCUGGCAGACGACAUGGGUCUGGGCAAGACCAUCCAGGUCAUUUCCUUCCUGUCGGGGAUGUACGACAGCGAGCUGGUGAAACACGCGCUGCUGGUCAUGCCCACGUCCCUCAUCAGCAACUGGACCAAGGAGUUUGCCAAGUGGACCCCGGGCAUGAGGGUCAAAGAGUAUCACGGCACCAGCAAAGCCGAGCGCAGCAGGAACCUGGAGAAGAUCCAGAGGAAGAGCGGCGUGAUCAUCACCACGUACACGAUGCUCAUCAACAACUGGCAGCUGCUGUCGUCCUACCAGGGCCGGGAGUUCACGUGGGACUACGUGAUCUUGGACGAGGCCCACAAGAUCAAGACCAGCACCACCAAAACGGCCAAGAGCGCCUCGGCCGUCCCCUCCAGAAACCGACUGCUGCUCACUGGCACCCCCGUGCAGAACCACCUCCGGGAGAUGUGGGCCCUCUUUAACUUCGCUUGCCAGGGAACUCUGCUGGGCACGGCCAAGACCUUCAAAAUGCAGUACGAGAACCCCAUCACCCGAGCGCGGGAGAAGGACGCCACUCCGGGGGAGCGGGCCCUGGGGUCCAGGAUGUCCGAGAACCUCAUGACCAUCAUCAAGCCCUACUUCCUACGCAGGACCAAGUCUGAGGUGCAGCAGAAUAAACACGCAGAGGAGGUCCAGCGCAGGUCGCAAGGGGCCAAGGGGGCCAGGAGGAAAGACCAGAAGGAGUCCGAGACCGCCAUGCCUUCGCUGACCAGGAAGAACGACUUGAUUGUCUGGACGUACCUCAGUCGCAUCCAGGAAGACAUUUACUGGAAGUUCAUAUCCCUGGACCACAUCAAGGAGCUGCUCAUGACCUCCAGGUCCCCGCUGGCCGAGCUGACCCUCCUGAAGAAGCUGUGCGACCACCCGAGACUGCUCUCCGCUCGGGCCAUCGCCAAGCUGGGCCUGAAGGACAGCCCCUCCAAGAGGCAGCAGAGCAGCGACGGCGAGAUGGGCGGCCACACCAUCGCCAACAUUCCCGACAAGACGCUCAUAUCGGAAUCGGGGAAGCUGGUCUUCCUGUUUGCUCUCCUGGAACGUCUCCGGGAGGAAGGUCACCGCACGCUGGUCUUCGCUCACUACAGGAUGGUGCUGGACAUCAUGGAGCGCAUCCUCAGGAACCGAGGGGUCAAGGCCCUCAGGCUGGACGGGUCCAUCACUCAGGUGGCGGAGCGGGAGCGCCUCAUCACGCUCUUCCAGAGGGACCACUCCUACUCCGUCUUCCUUCUCACCACGCAGGUGGGCGGGGUCGGCAUCACCUUGACGGGAGCCGACCGGGUGGUCAUUUUCGACCCCAGCUGGAACCCCAUGACGGACGCCCAGGCGGUGGACCGGGCGUACCGCAUCGGCCAGACGGCCAACGUGGUCAUCUACAGGCUGAUCACGUGCGGCACGGUGGAGGAGAAGAUCUACAGGCGGCAGGUCUUCAAGGAUUCGCUCAUCAGGCAGAACACGGGCGACAAGAAGAACCCCUUCCGUUACUUCAGCAAGCAGGAGCUGAAGGAGCUCUUCACCCUGGAGGACACGCGCUCCUCGUCCACGCAGCAGCUGCUCCAGUCCAUGCACUCCAAGCACAGGCUCACCGACCCGGAGCUGGACCGCCACAUCGCCCGCCUCCACACCAUGGAGAUGUUCGGCAUUUCCGAUCACGACCUCAUGUUCUCCCUCAACACCGACCACGAGGACUCCCUGCACGACAAAGCGGAGCAGAACUACAUCGAGGAUCGGGUCCAGAAGGCCCAAGAGCUGGUGAAGGCGGAGUCGGACCUCCAGAUGCAGUUCGCGACCAGCGUGGAGGCCACCACGGAGCCGGCGUGGAGCCGACAGCCGGGGAGCGAGCGCAAAGAACGAUCUCAUGAGAACAAACCCGUGAAACCCAGACCCAGGUCCGCCCUGUCGCCACGCCCCCGCACCACUUCCGGCAAGAGCGACGACGCCCAAGAAAGGAACGCCCCGAUCGAUCUGACCGGCAGCGACACCGAGUCGCAAGACCAGCCGGAGAAGAGUCACGUGGGCCACCGCUCCACCGAGGACAUGUUUGGGUCUUUGUCUCUGACGGAGGGGGUCGGCCGGGAGGAACACGACGCCGACGCCGUCGGGGAGUCCUUCGGGAAAGACAGGCUCUCCGCCGCGCAGUCAUCCUGUUCCAGCCUCAAGGUGGACUCCUGGUCCAGAUGCAGCGCGGGCUCGGACCUCAUCGAAGGAAACUUCAACCUGCAGCUGGAGGAGAGCGAGAUCUCCUACCAGAGCACCGUGGAGGACGAGGAGAGGAAGCUGCUGUCUCAGCUCCAGACGGAUGGCGCCUUUGACGUGGACGUGUCCCUGACGGAGAGGCAGCAAAAAGAAGCCCUCGGACGGAGCCUGUCCCGGUCCCAGGUCUCCGAAGCGGACGAGUCCGUGGUCAUGGCGUCCAAGAAGAAAAAAGGCGGCGUCCUGUAUGACAGCGAUGAGGAGUACGGCGACCGGCCCAAGUCCAUCAACAACUCCUUCCAGCUGCUGGGGUCCUCCACGCCCAAGUCCGGGCUGCCCGGCUCCUCCCCCGUCAGGCUGAGGAAGAGCAUCGGACGCAACACCUCCGUGGCGUCACGCCACUCGCUCCUGCACUCCAUCAUUGAAGACAUGGACAAGCAGGAGCAGGACGAGGACCCCGCCGAGGACAUUUCAGAGAAGUGCUCCGACGAGGUGGAGGUGGAAGAGGAGGAAGAGGAAGAAGAGGAGGAAGACGGUAACCCGGAGGAAUCCACCGGCGAGCCCGAGCUAGCGUCCUCCGAGAGGAUGGAGCCGUGCGCCGCGGACACGGCGCCGGACAAAGUCAUCAAGUCCUCAUCUGGGGACACGUACGAGUCCCUGGUGACUCGGGGCCAUGAGUUUUUCAGCCAGGGCAAACUGAACGAGGCGCUGACCUCGUUCCUGAAGGCCAUCGACAUCAAACCCGGGGACCCUGAGAUCCAGUGCCUGACCAUCCAGCUCUACCGCCAGAUGGGUUCCAAAGAGUAAGCACCGGAUCCUCGUCAAGAUGGCCGUCAGUAGAUGGGUUUGUUAGGCGGGACAUGGCUCACUUUAUUCUUUCUCACCAAACUUAUCCUGGAAUUGGAAUUGGAAAACUGAAGGAUGG